GUUUCUUUUUCUAUUACAGUUUGGUUUCUUUUUUCCUAUACUUAUCAAUUCGACAAAAAAAAAUAACUCUCAAUCGGCACUUUUUGCAUUGUCAUAAACCUACAUUUUCUUCUCAGUUCAUUUGCACACAGACAAUUUCGCUAGCCUAGGCACUUUUUCGUCGACUGUCUCAAACAAUGGCCCAGGGAACAGAAGAAGUUGCUAUUUGCCGCGUUUGCCGUGGUGAGGCCAUGCCCGAAGAGCCUCUGUUUUACCCGUGCCGGUGCUCUGGGAGCAUCAAGUACGUACACCAAGUGUGCCUAGAGGAGUGGCUGGCGCAUAGCAACAAAAGAUACUGUGAGCUUUGCGGACACGAAUAUGCGUUUUCGCCCCUGUACGAUCCAAAUAUGCCCGAGAGCAUUCCAAAGGGUAUAAUAGUUAAGCAGAUGCUGGCCAACGUGACUAUAAUAACGCUCGGAAUCAUUCGGUCUGCCGUGGUGCUGGGCAUGUGGACGUUCGUGCUGCCGUACUUGGUCUACUGGAUAGUGCGCGUUUUUAUCUGGGCUGCAAAGGCUGUCGCUUAUAGCAUGAGCUCGAGCGAUGUAUUUCUCGACAACUUUACAGCAGCUGUCAGUGAUAACUCGACGGCAGCGGUUGUGGCGGCGGCAAGCAUGCGCUUUAAAGGAUUUAAUACGUGGAACGAGUGGUACUUGGCCUCGAUAAACAACGCGACCACAGCACCGAUCACCUCUCGCACGGGCAUUAUGAACGACGCCAACCAGGUGGCCAUAAUAAUGUAUUCGGCCACACAGGUGCUGCUGCGCUCGUGCACACGGCUGGUUGGUAGCAUGACAGGAAUUGCCAUCUCGGAGGCGCAGAUUAACGAUGCUGUCGAGGUUGCUGUCGAGCUCGUGGCCAAGACAUUUGAGGGCAGCUUGGUAACCUUAAUGUCGGUGAUUGUUUUCUUUGUUCUCUUUGUUUUGCGCGACUGGAUUGCGACCAACGCGCCGCUAGAAGAUGAAUUUAUCGAGGAAUUUGAGGAACAGCAGCAGGCGCAGAAUCAACAAGGUGGCGAAGACAAUGAUGAUUCAGAUGAUGCUUCAAAUGAUGCUUCAGAUGAUGACGAAGGCGAAGAGGACGACGAAGAGGCUAUCACCCACGAGCAGCCACUUUUGGCUGUUGUGCAGGCUAUAGCUCAGCCGCGGGCGGAGCCGGAAAUUGCGCCAGCCCACUUGCAACUCCAGGCGCAGCCCAUUGUUGCCGAGAACCCACAGUACCGCCCGCAGUUUGAGCAGCCGGCAUUUGAUCUGCUCGCAUUCGACGAUAUUCCGCCCGGCGAGCGCCCCGUGCGUCAGAUUCGGCGGCGGAUGUCUGCGCGUCAGCACACAUUUUCCAGCCACACUGGAGAGCAACAAAACAACGACUCGUGGGUUGUGGCCGACGGCUUGGAGACUGAAGAGCACGCUAGUGUUGCAGAACAAGUGCCUUUGGGUUCAGAGGCUGUGUCAGAUGAAUUGGCUCUAGAGGCGACCCAUGAUCAAGGACUUGGCGACGCUCUUGCAGUCGCACCUUCAGCCUCGGAAGACAGUGCGUCAAGUCACAGUUUGGGCACUUACACGCGUGCCGAGCCCAGAGUCGCACGGCCCCUGAUAGUCGACUAUUAUGUGGAUUCAGAAUUGGAUUCGGAUUUGGACUUGUAUUUGGAGCAUGUCAGUUUGGCAGGGUCGGUAACUGGUACUGAUGGGAGCAACCGCGAAAUUAAUGAACAAACAAACGACACAGACAUCGGCGACAACGUUCAUGGCAGUCAGUCCUCUGGCGAAAACCAUAUCCAGUCCGCAGUUUCUGACGAGGGCGCGUCAUUGUGGUCCUUUGUUGCCGGAGAUCACUCUACACCCGAACACGUUGCUGCCCUUGAAGCUGCACCAUCACCGAUAUCUGCACCCGAAUCGUCACACGGUGUCUUGGCACAAGCGGAGCUUCUGGCUUUGCAUAACACUGCGCAAGUCAUUGGUGGCCAGGACUUAAUACAGGGCGCAGAUCAGCACAUUGCAGUGCGCGAGCAGGAGCUCAUACAGCCCCCACAGCAACCCAAUCUUCCACAGAUGCCGAUUCCCAUAGAGCUCGGUGAGCCUGACCAUAUUGAACAUGGCGAUGCUCGGCGGCAGCAACAACAAGAACAACAGCAGCAUCAGCAGCAGCAAGAAGUACCCUUGCAACAGGCGCAGGGGGCGGGUGGUCCAAACAAUGGCGGCUUUGUCGAACCUGCUGCGGUUGCAGGCCAGGCUCCUCCCGCCGCACAGGGUGCAGUGGAGGCCGAUUUUGACGAGAACUUUGGAGACUUUGAGGCCGCUGACGGCGUGCUUGAGGCGAUGGGCCUACGCGGUCCCAUCAUCAAUGCGGUGCAGUACUUUAUGCUCCUCCUCAUGGUUAUCGUCCUGGUGCUGACAAUCUGCGUUUGGCUGCCGAUAAUUCUUGGGCGCAUAUUCCUCACAAUUGACCCGCUCCAAAAGCUACUGUAUCUGGUCUAUGUGUUUUCGACCGUUGUUGACACUGUGGGGGAGCUGUUGUUGGAUAAGAUAAUGCCGCUCGUGUGGGUGAUGGUGCGGCCGAUCUUUGUUGUUGCCGCCAACCUCGUUGGCCCGUUCGUGGCGAACCUGGUUGCAUUGGCAGCUCCCGCCGUGAAGGUGACACUGCUGGCUGGCAACAGCAGCAUGUGGGACAAGCUCACUUCGCCUGAGAUGCAAGCGCUGGUCAUCGAGCGCCUGCGCCAGCCGUGGGUCAUCCAAGUGUUGUUCCCGUGGAUUGCCGCAGAGUCAGGCGCCGACCAUACGCCAACGCACAUGGUCGCCAGCGCGGUGAUUAGCGCGACUGUGUCCGCAGCCGCAGCUAGUGUGACGGGCGUUACAACGCCGGCCGCUCUGGCGGAGAAUUUGCCCAAAACACUGCGCCUCCAGCCAUGGGAGAGCGAACUCUGGUCAAAGUUUAUACACUGGGGAAUUCCGAUCGACAAGCUGGCGCUGUACCUGCAGUCUGUAAAGACCGCGCUCACGCUUGGCGAUAGAAUCGUGCUGAUUGGCAUUGGCAACCUAGUGAGCAUCUACAUGGCUUGGCUGACCGUCAAGUACACGCCCCCGCGCUUGCGCCGGGCGGCUGCCUACCAGGGCGCGCGGAUGCUGUUGAUCAUGUCCAAGAUUAUCAGCUUCAUUUUCAUCGAGAUUGUUUUGUUCCCGAUGAUCUGCGGGUACUGUCUGGACAUCUCGAUAACGCCGUUGCUGCCCGAGUCCAUCCGGUCGUCGCACUACUCGGCCAUUAUGAACCACACGCUGUCAGCGCGUGCACUGUUCUGGAUGGUAGGCGUGUUCUUUAUGAUCCACUUUGCGCGCUUCGUUCUAUAUUGCCGACAGGUUAUGCGCCCGGGCCUUCUGUGGUUCAUCCGCGACCCAAAUGACCCAGAGUUCCACCCGAUGCGCGAGGCGCUCGAGGACGGCACAAUCUCGCAACAGAACAAGAUCGUGCGCAGCGCACUGAUGUACUGCUCGAUUCUGCUUGUGUGCUUCGGCGUCCCAUCAAUGGCCGCAGUGACCCUCGCGCCAAAUCUGUUUCCGAUCCAAUGGGACACGACUGCCAAGUUGAGCGACUACCCGACCAACGCGCUGUUUGCAGUCCUGGCUUUAGCCGUUGUUGUCAGAUGGGGCCGCCCGUAUGACGUUGUCCGGGUCUUGUUUGAACGCUGGUGGAGGUUUGUCGCCAGAGAGACGCGCCUGUCGGAGUUUAUCAUCGGUCGGCGCGACGUGCUGGACGAGGGGAGAUGGGUCGUCUGCAAGGCACCCUGGAUGCCCGUGCUGCUGUCGCGCCUGUGGAUGCCCACUCACAUUAUCACCGAGGCCUUUGACCAGCUGAGCCAGAGUGCGUCCGACAAGGCGCGUAUCGGCAGUGUUGCGGGCGCGCUGCCCACCAGCGAGUUUAACGCACGGCUCCAGUACAAGAUCGAUAUUGCGCUGGCGGACAAGUAUCCAUGGGUGGAGUUCGUGCUCGAUGGCCAAAAUGUGCGCGCGCCGGCCAAGGACACGGUGUCUGUGGUUGUUGGGCGCAAGAUGCUGGUGCCAGUCGACGAUGAUGGCAGACCAGUUGAAGACAGGUUUGACUACGAGGCGGCCGACUAUGCGGACCAGAACAGCACUGGCCGCAGCGGCCAGGAGGGCAGCGAGCAUGCGCUGCCGAUUCUUGAGCGCGAUCUGCCGCCGCCGGCCCCCGAGAGUAGCUUCCGCGACCUGCGGUUCAAGCCCGAGCAGCACAGUGUCAUAUUUGUGCCGCCCGGCCUACGCUCUCGGGUAGGUGCGUUUGUUGCGCUCGGCUGGCUCGCAAUUGCAUCCUUUGUUGUGACGACGCUCAUCUCGUCAAUUGUGGUUGGUAAGCGCAUCUGUGUGUUGAUGGGAGAUAUGCCUCGCAACGAUCUGAUCGCGCUGGCCAUUGGGUUACUGGUUCUGCUUGUCUCGAGUGUAGCUGUGUACCAGGCCGGCAGCUACGUGUCGGUUUAUUUCAACAUUGAAGGCGGCUUGAUAGUGAGGGUGCGCGAGGCGAGGCGCGAGCUGCGGCAGUCGUGGAUGGCGGCGUGGAAGAUGCUUGUCACUGGUUUUGUUUUCUUUGGUGUACUGCCGGCACUGUACGGUCUAGUCGUCGAGGUCUAUCUGGUGGCCAUUGCGCGUACUCACCUCGAGCGCAGCGGCUCGCAGUACGUCUUUGUGCGCACACCUUUGCAGGCCAUGGGUCACAACUGGGUGUUCAGCGCGAUGCACAUGUGGCUAGUUGUUUCUGUGUUGCGGUUCUUCCCUGGCCUGCGCGUUACGCGCAAUGUCGACCGGUUCUUUACUGGACCGCCGCACACCUGGCAUGUGUGGCGCGGCAUUGUUGAAAUCGCAAUGCCAAUCGCAGGGCUAUCUCUGGGGUUUUCUGUGCUUCCAUUUGUGUUAACUGCAUUUGAGAUGUGGUUCCACGGCACUCUGACGGCCGGCUCGUUCUGGAGCGUCGUGUUACUGAAGGAUGUUAAGGUGCUUUCCAGGUGUAGCAUGGCAAGUUUGUUGGCCGCCUUGACUGCGGGCGCUGUGUGGCAGGCGUGUAUUGUGUAUAAGCGGUGGUCACGUCUUGCGCGCGAUCGGGUGUACUUGGUCGGCCAGCAGCUGCACAAUCUGCAAAACGAUGCGGAUGAUUUGGGCGAUGAUUCGGGUGAUGAUUCGAGUGAUGGUAUGGAUGCUGCCGCGAAUGAGGUUCAGGUUGAAGUUCAGGUUGAGGAUGAGGAUGGUUGGAAUAAUGAUUCGGAUGCUGCAGCGGACGAUGGUGUGGUUGUCAAUGAGGACAUCAACGAGAAAAUCAACGAGGCUGCUUCUACCGUCAUCGAGGAAGGCGAUGCACCCAAACUGGCUGUUGAAGAGCUCCCAACGUUUGUCCAAGCGAAAAACGCCUUUUUCGAUCGAUGUGAACGACUCGACAGAGAGUUUCGGAUUGGCGCCCACUUGCCCCCAAACUUGGAUCAGAUAAAACCGACCAUGAGCAUGUCCGAACUUUAUUCAUACAAACAGUUGGCAGAAAAUGUUGGUUUGACCUUCAUCGACACCUCCAAAGAUAUCCUCGUGAUUAUUCGCAAGUGCCGCAAACUCAUUGACGAACACUACGAUGCUCUGGUCGCAGGUGAUGUCGAUCCUACCCAGUCGGCGCGGCGCAUCAAGGCCAUUGUUGACCACACGGCCGUCAUUGAUCAAAUCGCCGAAUCUGUUGCGUCUUUGAACAAGCAGAUGAGACAAGUGCCAGCAGUCCGGCAGUUCUACAUGGCUGAGAGCAGUACUGCCGCUAGUACUGAGGGUGGACAUGGGAACAGACAUGGUCACAGAGACGAUAAUACGUUUCUUGGUAUGCUUGUAGAGUGACUUGUAGAGUGAGUCGGCGCUUUUAAUGAAUUUCAUUUUUACCUUUUAUAGUAAUUGAGUCUUGUUCCAAUUGGAGAUCUAUUGGUGCUAUUGGGUUGGAGCUGA